CGUGGUAGCAGCAGGCGGGGGGCCUCGCUGGGGGCUGUGCCCGUGUCCCCGUGUCCCCUGAGCACAGCACCAGGGGGAGGCGGUGCCGUGGCUCCAGAAUGGGGGACCCCGAGACGCUGGCGGCGCUUGGGGACGGGCGGGGCCACGUGACCUUGGCCCCGCCCACGCCGGGUCCCGCCGAGGUGGAGGUCACGUGGCAGGAGAUCCUGUCCCUCAGCGAGCUGCAGGGUUUGGAUAUGGCUGCAGAUGCCCCCUUCAGCCCCCCCUUUUGCCCCAUCCCUCCUCCCUCUUACCCCCCUCUCCCCUCUCCUGCCCCCCCCUGCUUUCCCACCACCACCUUUGCACCCCCUUUCCCCACUCCCCCACCUGUACCAACACCCUUCGUGGCGGAGCCGCUCGCCCACCCAGCCGCUUGCCGGGCGACGGGGAGCCGAGACGCUCGCCGAGCUUUGGUUUCGGCAUUACCGAUCGGCACCGACGCUAUCGUCAACCUCCCGGUGGAAGAUUUCAACGCGGCGCUUUGCCGUGCGCGGUUAUCUGGCGCGGAGUUGGCGUUGGCGCGAGACAUCCGCCGGCGUGGCAAGAACAAAGUGGCGGCGCAGAAAUGUCGCCGGCGCAAAUUAGAAGCCAUCGCUCGUUUACAAGCUGAGUUGGCGAGGUUGGGCAAGGAACGGGAGCGGCUGCUGCGUGUGCGGGGCCAAGCGGAGCGGGCGCUGGGGGCUCUGCGCCGCGAUCUGGCGCGGGUUUCGGCGCAGGUGCUUGGGGCGCUGAGGGACGGAGCGGGGAACCCUCUGCCUCCUGAGCAUUUCGGGCUGCGCCUGGCGCCCGAUGGGGGGCUCAGCAUGGAGAGCCCGGCACUAGGGGAGUGAGGAGGGGGCUCAGGGUGCCAUCCUGCACCCCAUGGAGCCCCACAGCACCCACAGGUGACCCUUGUACCCCACAGCACCCUUGGGUCCCUUCUGCACCCCAUGGGGAGCAAUGGGGCCCUCAGGUGCUCAGGGUGGCAUCCUGCACCCCAUGGAGCCCCACAGCACCCACCGGUAACCCCUGCACCCCAUGGAGCCCCACAGAACACCCUGCACCCCACAUCACUCCAUAGCACCCAUAGGUGGCCCCUGCACCCCACAGCACCCUUGGGUCCCUUCUGCACCCCAUGGGGAGCAAUGGGGCCCUCAGGUGCUCAUGGUGCCAUCCUGCACCCCCCAGAGCCCACACCCAGGCCCCUGCACUGUCCCCUAUGUCCCCUGCACCCCAGGGUGACCAUCCCACCCAGGACACUCUGCUCUGUCCCCCUGGGUCCCCAGCCCUGUCCCUGCCACCUCUGCACAGACAAUAAACCAUCCCAUCUCUGUCACCACGUGUCUCUCAUCACCUCCUCCCCUGUCACCCAGAGAAUGACACCUCCUGUCCUCCUCUGUCCCACUGGGUGAGGGGUCUCCAUCUCACCUCUCGCCAUCCCUGCUCCCACCUUGGGGCACCUCGUGCCCAUAAGGCACUUGGCUAUCUGUCACCUCCUGUCACAGCCCCUGAGGUCCCCACAGCCCAGGCAACCUCGUGCCACCUUCUCCCAUCCUGUACCCAUCCCAUCCCCAUUGCUGUCCCCUCCAUCCUCAUCCCUGUCCUGCCCCAGUGCAGGACAGUCACUGAGCCAUCCCCUCUGUUCCCAGCUGAUCCUGGCAUCUCCAUAGCCACUGUGUCCCCUCCAUCUUUGUCCCCAUCCUGUCUGCUCCACGACCGCUCCAGUAUCUCCAUCCUUGUCUCUAUCCUACUCCCUCUACAGCUGUUCCAUCCUGUCCCCUCUACAGCUGCUCCAUUCCCUCCAUCCCAAUCCCCAUCCGGUCUCUUCCAUGAUCACCCUGCCCCCUCCGUCCUCUCCUUUACAUGGUUGCUCCAUUCCCUCCAUCCUUGUCUCCCACAACCACUCCAUCCCCUGCACCCUUAUCAACACCCUUAUCCUCUCCCCCCAUCCUUCUGCCUCCAUGGCCUCUCCAUCCUUGUUCCCAUCUGCUCCUACCCUACACCCUUUCCCAUCCUGUCCCCUCCAUUCUAUCCCAGCUUAUCCGCUCCUCC